UUGCCUUCGCCAUCUGCUCCUGCUCCCUUGCCACGUUGCCAAGCCCAGUUUGAUUUCGAAGCUGAAAGCGAAGGAGAAUUGCCACUCAAAGAAGGCCAGAUUAUCAAUCUAAUUUCUCAGAUUGAUGAAAAUUGGUUUGAGGGCUCUCUGCCCACCGGUCAGACUGGCUAUUUUCCGAUAUCGUAUGUCAAGGUGCUCACACCACUUCCAUAA